CUUGCCAAGCUAUCGUAUGUUGGUGCCAAGUUUUCCGAGAGCGAACGUAAAUGUAAACGAAAAAUGUCUUCAACGAGAGCUACGCUCACCGCAUUCACUUCUGCUUCUUGCACUCAGCUGAUGCCGAGUAUUUACAACCAAUGAGUUGUCAUAUUGUGGCCCGCGGUCGGCGACUUUGACUGUUUUAAAAAUAAUACGCUUGUUGUACCCAGGUUGGGAGGGUUCAAAGUGCACUAUCUCGCAGCCGACAUAACACAUUUGGGGUUUGCGGUAAUCGGGUCCUAAUCCAGAAAGCAAUUGAAGGUGUUUUGCAAUGGUCGUCUAGAGUGCAGUGAUAGUGUUAAUUCUACUCUGAAGUGACGGAAGUGAUCAUUUAACCAUUGCACCGGGCUCUGUUGGCACGUACUGUCGGGAACAAGUAGGCGCGCAGCGGAACAUACAAAAAUAAACAAUCACCAUGCUAAGGUCAAAGAUCAUCCCGUUACGAAAAUUAGUUAUCCAACCGAAUUCAUUGCACAAACGAUGGAAAACUACCAUCAAGAAUGAUUUGGAGUACCAGUUCCUCCAACGCUCCAUACUGCCAACCAUGCACUUCCAACAGUCGCUGCCGCGGUUGCCGAUUCCUUUACUAGAAAAGACUUGCGAGCGCUAUCUAGCUGCCUUGAAACCAAUCCUAAUAGAUGAAAGCUACAGAAAAACCGAGGAUGUUGUGAAUCGCUUCAAAACAGGCUCAGGACCACAACUGCAGAAGAUGCUCAAAGACAGAGACCUCAAAAACAAGCACACGAGCUACAUAUCAGAGCCUUGGUUCGAUAUGUAUCUUCGAGAUCGAGUUCCUCUUCCAAUUAACUACAAUCCAGUGCUCAUCUUGAAGAACGACGAGCGCAAAGAGUACAACGCACCCUUGAUAAGAGCCACUAAUUUAAUCAUAAGUUCAUUAAGGUUUAUGAAGUCAUUACGUGACGAAUGUCUAGAGCCUGAAAUAUUUCAUUUAAAUCCGAAGAAGAGCGAUAAUGAACGCUACAGGAGAAUUGUGAAGUUAGCCCCCAAAGCAGUUGCAACUUACGUGUCGUACGCGUUCAAGGCGUUCCCAUUGGAUAUGAGUCAGUACAGCGGUCUAUUCAGGGCGACACGCAUUCCUGAGCUGGAUAAGGAUCGCAUUUAUCGAAGUGAGAAAUCCCGACAUUUGCUCAUCAUUCGUAAUGGACACUUUUAUGCUGUGGAUGUUUUAGACAAAGAUGGAAACAUCGAAGCCCCUAACGUUAUAUUAGGAAGAGUGAAAUAUGUUCUCCAAGACAACACACCAGCAAACGAAUUUCCAUUAGGAUCCUUGACUGCAUGGGAACGCAACAAAUGGGCGACAGUAAGGCAUCAUCUGCUGGAUAUUGGCAAUGAAAAGACUAUGAAAUUAGUAGAUUCAGCAUUGUUUUGCUUGUGUUUGGAUGACUCCUCUUACGAUGAGGCGAAUCCCGUUCCACUUGUUAGAAGUUUCUUGGCAGGAGAUAGCAGCAACCGGUGGUUUGACAAAUCCGUAUCCAUAUUCAUGGGAAAGGAUGGUGCCAGUGCAAUCAACUUCGAACAUUCAUGGGGCGAUGGUGUUGCAGUGUUGCGCUACUUCAAUGAAAUCUACCAAGAUUCAACCAAAUCACCACUAGUCCAUCCUGACACUAAUCCCGCAGGUGAUAUUGAUGGCUCAGUUAAACGUCUCGAAUUCAAACUCGAUGAUCGCAUGAAAGAAGCAAUAAAAGAAGCAGAAAAGGCACACAACCAAGUCAUGGAUUCGUUAGAUCUUAACUUCCUCAUUUACCACGACAUAAACAAAAGCAGCUUGAAGAAGAACGCAGUUAGUCCUGACUCAAUAAUCCAACUUUCAUUUCAAUUAGCUUUUAAAAUGCAAUAUGACAAAUAUGUUGGCACGUACGAAUCAUGUAGUACCGCGGCAUUCAAGCAUGGACGCACGGAAACUAUGCGACCGUGUACAAUAGCAACAAAAACAUUUUGUGAUGCAGUUUUAUCGAAAACUGAUCGUCCUGACCGUCAACAGUUACGGUCAAUGAUCGAUCAAUGUUCAACAUAUCACGGACAAUUGACAAAGGAAGCGGCAAUGGGACAAGGUUUUGACAGGCAUCUAUUUGGAUUACGACAUGUUGCUGAAUUGAACGGUAUUCCGAAACCAAGUAUUUUUGAGGAUGCAGGCUAUCAAAUUAUUAAUAAUAAUAUCCUGUCGACGAGUACAUUAUCAUCGCCGGGUAUUGUAGCUGGUGGCUUUGGACCGGUUGUUAAGGAUGGAUAUGGUAUAGGGUAUGUUAUCUCGAAUGAUCGAUGUGGUGCGAUUGUUACAUCAUAUAAAGGACAGCGAAAUGGUAGCGAAUUUAUAAAGUGCCUUAAAGAAGCUUUCGAUACGAUUCGAGACGUCUUGCAAGGCGGAAAGUGAUAUCUAAAUAUGUAAAAAAAGUAAAUAAAAUGUGUUCCUUUUUAAUGGAAAUUUCAAGUGGAAAGGGAUAUAUUUUCUACAAUUUAUAUGAAUGUGUAUUUUAUGAAUAAAUGUAUGCUUUUUUAACAUCA